GAUGUUGAUUUUAGCACUUUCAGUAAAUGCACAACUUAAUGACAAAACAAAUCAGGAAAUCAAAAAGUCACUUGCAGAUACGUUGUUUGGAAAAGAAAAAAAAUGUCCACAAACGGUUAAACAAGAAAAAAAUACUACUACUGCUUCAGUUCAAUUUGAUAAAUUAAUAAUUAAUGGUAAUCUUACUAAUAUCAAUGAACAUUUUAAAAACCUUCGGGUUAUCCUUCAGGCAGAAGCUCAUAACACAGCUCUUAUGAAAAGAACUGGUUACAGACAAUGUAAUUCAAAUAAAAUGAUGAAAAAUGGAAAAGGAAAAGUUUGUAAAAGUUUAUUUAUGAAAUAUUUAAGACAACAACCAAACUGGAACAUUAAAGUUGAAACAAAAGUUCUUGGUAACUCUUUGUGUUUGAAAGACCUUUCUAAAUUAACUGAACAAGAAAAGACUAAACUUGCACAAGAUUUAAUGAGUGAUACAUCUAAUGUCAAACAAGAUACUUUAGAACAAAUUCUUGCUGAGUUUUAAUUCACAUAACCUAAUUAAGUAAAGUUGCCC